CCCUCUCUCGCUUCCAUCUUGCUCUCCGCGUGUGUUUGCUGCUAGCGUGCAGGUCAGUGAGGAGAUCUAAAAUACUCUCUUUCCUGCACAGACACUUCCAGCUCCAAGGCUCAAGAUGAAAGAGACAAUAAUGAACCAGGAGAAAUUAGCCAAACUGCAGGCACAAGUCCGCAUCGGUGGAAAGGGCACUGCACGCAGAAAGAAGAAGGUUGUACACAGAACCGCUACCGCAGAUGACAAGAAACUUCAGUUUUCUCUGAAAAAGUUGGGCGUCAAUAACAUCUCCGGCAUUGAAGAGGUGAACAUGUUUACAAACCAGGGAACAGUGAUCCAUUUCAACAACCCCAAAGUGCAGGCUUCGCUGGCAGCCAACACCUUCACUAUCACAGGCCAUGCCGAGACCAAGCAACUCACAGAGAUGCUGCCAUCAAUUCUCAAUCAGCUCGGUGCCGAUAGCUUGACCAGUCUGAGAAAACUCGCUGAGGCCCUGCCCAAACAAGCUGGUGAUGGAAAAGCACCAGUAGCAGCAGGAGAGGAAGAUGAUGAUGAAGUUCCAGAUCUUGUGGAGAACUUCGAUGAGGCUUCAAAGGACGAGGCUAACUAACUCGAAAGGAGAGACAGACGUUCAGAAUCUCCAAACUCAGCUGGGCCACGUGGGACUCCCUCUUCCCCUCUCUGCAGUUUUUUAUUUUUUUUUUAAAUGUAUUGCAGUCUUUUUUCUCCCCCCCCCCCCCCCCCCCCAUGCACUGCUGUGUUCCCCCUGUGUCCAUGCUGAGAGUGUAAGAAGUGUAUUUAGCCACACAGUGUUGUAGUGUGGUGUGCGAGUGUGUGCGGUCCCCAGGGCGUCUUGUCCAUCUAUUCCUGUUACUGAGACUUGCCUUUGCGGCCUAGCUGAAUCCCACAUCUGGAAAUAAACAUUUGCUUUUGAUGAGCUUAAUAAAUACA